UCACUGGCCUGCAAUUCUUAGCAAGGUUUCUUACGUUCAACCACCACCCCAGACAUACAAGUAAUUUACUCCGCCAUUCCAUAUCAAUCGACCAUCAUGGAUUUCGAAGAUAUCGGCAACAAGCUUGCCAAUUUGACGAUGUACGAUGUCAAACAAUUCUAUACAGCAGCCAAGAACUAUGCUUUGAAUGUUUCAGAAAUCGAAGCCAAGGUAAACGAAGCAACAAAUGAUGAUGCUUGGGGAGCAUCAUCUACUCUAAUGCAAGAGAUCGCAUCAGCAACGAACAAUUUUCAAGAUUUCAAUGAAAUCAUGCCUGCAAUCUAUCGUAACUUCAUGGAACGUGAAGCGAGAGAAUGGAGACAGAUCUAUAAAGCACUUCAAUUGCUCGAAUAUAUUAUCAAGCAUGGAUCAGAACGUGUGGUAGAUGAUGCUCGAUCACACCUUGGUACAAUUAAGAUUUUGCGCAACUUUCACUACAUAGACGAUGCUGGUAAAGAUCAAGGAAUCAACGUUCGUAAUCGUGCAAAAGAGAUUGCUGAGCUUUUAUCUGACGUUGAAAGAAUUCGUCUAGAAAGACGUAAGGCAAGACAAAAUAAGAGCAAGUAUCAAGGUGCUGGUAAUUCAGACUUUGUCCCAGGAAGUGGAACGGGAAGAUAUGGUGGCUUUGGAAGUGAUUCCUUCUACUCAGGAGGUGGUGGUGGGGGCUCAGGGGCUUACGGCGGUGGAAGUAGUAGCGCCGCUCGGGGCAGCGAUGAUUACGGUCGACGUAGCACGCAAAGGGACAGCUUUGAAGCGUAUGAUGCAGGAGAUGACGAAUACGCUGCUUCGAGUGCCACCAGACCUUCUGGUCGCUCUGGUAGAUCGGGCGGUCGUAGUGGAGCCGCACCCGCACCUGUCAAAAAGGAAGAAAAGGUGGCCGAUCUCUUCAGCUUUGAUGAUGAUGAACCUGAUCAAGCACCUGUUAUUUCAACUUCUGCCGCCGCAAGUGUAAGCAAGCCAAGUACAUCAGGUGAUGGCUUUGAUGACUUUGAUGAUUUCCAAGCUGCUCCUUCAGCGCCUGCACCUGCAAAGCAGACCAAACCUGUAUCGAGUGGUUCCAACGUAUUUGACUUUUUAGGAGAUGAUGCAGGUAGCUCGGCUCCAGUUGCUGCACCAAAAGUCAACGCUUCCUUUACAAGCCCUUCUGCAGGAGCACCAUUACAGCCACAAAGGACGAUUUCAUCUUCCAGUGUAUCAACAACUUCAAAGCCAGCCGGUAACGGAUCCUCGACAGGAAAGACGAACGCAUCGAUCAACUUUGAUGAUUUAUGGGCAACAUCUUCCGGCAAAUCGAAUGCAAGCGGUAAUACGACUGCAGGUAAAGGUAAAAUGACAAUGGCAGAGAUGGCAGCACAAAAGAGUCAAAGUGCUGUUUGGGGUAAUUCAACACCAAACAAUAACGCUGGAAAGGCAAAAGAUCCAUUUGACUUCCUCUCAUGAGCCGUUUUUAUCUUUGUAAUCGUUCUUGCGCAGUCAAUGAUUUUCUGCUUGAAUGUGGAAAUUAACGCUGCUGCAAAUUGCAAUUUAUCAGUAUACAUGAGAUGUAGAAUGGUACACA